AUGUCUUCCACCGAGAGCAUCCCAGCUCCUGGUAAGUGGCCUGUUGACCCUCAAGACGACGUCCCAAUCAGCGACGACCGCAUCUGGGUCGAUGGUUGCUUCGACUUUGCCCACCAUGGUCAUGCCGGCGCCAUGCUUCAGGCUCGUCGUCUGGGAACUGAACUUCUGGUUGGUGUGCAUUCGGACGAGGCCAUCCUUGAGAACAAGGGGCCCACAGUCAUGACACUCGAUGAACGCUGUGCUGCUGUUGACGCCUGUCGCUGGGCUACCAAGUCCAUUCCUCACGCCCCUUAUGUGACCUCCCUACCUUGGAUUUCCCACUAUGGCGCCAAAUACGUUGUUCACGGAGACGACAUCACCUCGGACGCCAAUGGCUACGACUGCUACAGAUUCGUCAAAGAGGCUGGCCGUUUCAAGGUUGUCAAGCGCACACCUGGCAUCAGCACAACCGACCUCGUAGGCCGCAUGUUGCUAUGCACAAAAUCACAUUUCAUCAAGGACCUUGACGCUGUACUGGAAGGCCAGGAAGGCCCAGGAAGCCAAGAAGAAAGAAAGAGCACAGGAGAAGACAUGAAAGAGAGGAUCAGAGAAUAUGCGACGGAUGAGUCUGGAAACAAACCAUUGGUCGAUGUCUGGAGCUGGCGCUCAGACGCCUCGUUCCUCAAGAAGGUUAACGGAACAUCACCACAGCCUGACCAGAAAGUCAUCUAUGUCGACGGUGGCUUCGAUCUCUUCUCUACUGGUCACAUCGAGUUCCUCAAGCGAGUCGUCGAGACUGAGGAAAAAGGGGCCAAGCAAAAGGGAUGGAACAAGGAAUACAGCCCUGUCUAUAUCGUUGCUGGUGUUCACAGCGAUGAAGCCAUCAACGACUACAAAGGCAUCAACUACCCCAUCAUGAACAUCUUUGAGCGCGGUCUUUGUGUUCUGCAAUGCAAGUACAUCUCCUCCCUCAUCUUCAUGGCACCCACAGUCCCCAGCAAACCUUUCCUCGAAUCACUACCCUACCCUAUCCAAGCAGUCUACCAUGGCCCCACAGUCUCAGCACCACCAGGCCAGGACUUCUACACUGACGCAAAGGCAAUGGGCAUUUACAAGGAAAUCUCUUCACACCCAUACUCGCAUGUAAACGCAGAUUCAAUCGUAGCCCGCAUCUUGAAGAGCAGAGAAUUGUACGAAGAACGCCAGCGCGUCAAGGGAGUCAAGGGAAUUGGAGAAGAGGCAGUACGCAGAAGAGAGCAGAUGGAGAGAGAAAAGGCAGAAAAGGAUAAAGCAGCCUCUGCAUGA